AUGGCGGAUGUGGGCAAGAAGUACUGCGUGAACUGUCUCGCGGACGUUACGAACCUGCGGCUGCGCUGCACAGACUGCCCGGACAUCGAGCUGUGUCCUGAGUGUCUGUCCGCCGGAGCGGAGAUCGGGACCCACCGGAGAUGGCACGGGUAUCAGCUAGUGGACGGCGGCCGCUUCACUCUGUGGGGUCCCGAGGCGGAGGGAGGAUGGAGCAGCAGGGAAGAGCAAUCGCUGCUCGAUGCCAUCGAACAGUACGGGUUCGGGAACUGGGAGGACAUGGCAGCCCACAUGGGAGCCUCCCGGACACCUCAGGAGGUGAUGGAGCAUUAUGUGACUAUGUACAUCCAUGGUAACCUGGGGAAGGCGUGUAUCCCUGAGCUGAUCCCAAACCGUGUGACGGACCACACGUGUCCGGGCGGGGCACCUCUUUCCCCGAGCCUCACUGCGCCCCCACCUCCACUGGAGCUCACGCCGGCUGAACAGCAGCAGCUCGGCUACAUGCCACUUCGUGACGACUAUGAGGUGGAAUAUGAACAGGAGGCGGAGCUGCUUGUCAGUGGCUUGUCUGUAAACUACGAUGAUGAGGAUGUGGAACUGGAGAUGAAACGCGCUCAUGUGGAUAUGUAUGUUCGAAAGCUACGUGAGCGUCAGCGUAGGAAAGAUGUUGGCCGUGACUACAACCUCAUAAAUGCUUUUUUUGGUCGUGAAAAGAAAGACAAAGGGAGUGGAGCUGCAGGUGCUGCUUUGGCCCCGCCCAUUGUGGGUUCAACAUCAGGUUCUGCAAAGCGUAAAAUCACGAAGGAGGAGCGCGAGCAGCGGACAAAAUUGCGUGCAAUCUGCCAGUUCAUGGCAUUUCGAGAAUUCGAGGACUUUUUUGAGAACAUGCAAAAGGAGCGCUUGCUUCGUGCCAAAGUGCGUGAACUCCAGCGUUACCGGCGCAACGGCAUCACGCGUCUCGACGAGUCAGCUGAGUACGAGGCAGCACGGCACAAACGUGAGAAACGGAAAGAAAACAAGAGCUCCAAAAGAGGCAGUGGAGGUGGAGGUGGUGGAGGAGCUGGGAUUGGAAUUGGAGGCGGAGCAAACUCUGGAAGUGGAGCUAAUUUAGGUGGCGGAGCCAGCACCAUAAAAGAGGAAGGAAAAGAUGGUGAAUUCUCAGCCAUCGAGCACUUAUCUGGCUUCGAGCUGCUUUCUGAUCGUGAGAAAGUGCUCUGCAAUUCACUGAACUUGAGUCCAACUCGAUAUUUGACUGUCAAAACGAUCAUAAUUAAAGAUCAUUUGCAGAAACGGCAAGGCGUUCCCGCUAAGAGCCGCUUACCGGGCUACCUGGACAAAAUGCUGAAAAGACGCAUCCUGAACUUCCUCACAGAGAGCGGCUGGAUAUCUCGAGAUGCUGCGUAACAUUUCAUGCUUCUUUUUUUGUGUUUUCUAAGUACAUGGGACAGUGAAUCUCAAUCCUGGAUCUGCUCAUAGGAAUGUAAAUGUGGAAAGAAAAAACUUGACUACAAUUUUGAUAAUGGUUCAAAGGAAUAAAUUUGUAUAUACAUAUA